AUGGCACCCUACAAAAGGAAGACCAACAAGACCUGCACUCCAAAGAAGGCCGCUGCCCCGCCAAACCUCAAGAGGACCCUCUCGGAGUAUAUCCUCUCUGAUCAAGAGAUGGGAAGCAUGCACUGUCUUUCCGAUGACGCGAAAAUCUUCCAUGGCUAUACCGAAAUGGAGUUUGUUGUGGAAAAUAGCUCUGACGUGGUUGAAAAUGAGGAGACUCGCAAGCAGAGUGCCCGAAUAACUAGAAGACUUAAAGCUGUUCGCCCAGGUCAUCCAACAAUUAGGAGAAAAGCAGGCCCUGGAAAAAAGCUACCUGGUCUUCACACUGAGAUUGUGGAGCUCAAAAACCCUAUUCCUGACGUUACCCCGGCUGAUCCGACUACUCCGAUUCUCGAGAAGAUUUGUCUUAAGGAUGAAGGGGAGAAAAGUGAUGCUGUAGCUGAAAAGGUCGAGCCGGAAGUCAAGAAGCCCCGCGGACCUCGCAUGUCCAUGCAAACUAGAAGUCCAGCCACAUUUCAGUGCCGUGUCUGCGAGGAAUGGUUUCAUACCGCCUAUCAGAAGAGGGUCCACCUGUGGGAUGAACACAAUAUCUCACAUGUCCGCUUCCUAGAGCAUGGACAGGUUUAUUCUUGCGGCAGCAAGAUUUAG